GCGCAAGCCGUCCGGCCGCCGUGAAGCGCUCGAGAGGCCUGAAUACUGAUCUGCCUCGCGCUUUCCGGCAGUCGUGAAGGAGGCUUCUAGGCUCGGUUGAGGCCGCCAUGGGGAAGGUGAAUGUAGCCAAAUUGCGUUACAUGAGCCGCGAUGACUUCAGGGUCCUGACCGCGGUUGAAAUGGGCAUGAAGAACCAUGAAAUAGUUCCCUGCAGCUUAAUUGCGUCUAUAGCCAGCCUUAAACAUGGUGGCUGUAAUAAAGUUUUAAGAGAAUUAGUGAAACAUAAACUCAUAGCUUGGGAGCAUACCAAAACUGUGCAGGGCUACCGGUUGACAAAUGCAGGCUAUGAUUACCUAGCUUUGAAAACCCUUUCUUCUAGACAAGUAGUUGAGUCUGUUGGAAACCAGAUGGGUGUUGGCAAAGAGUCAGAUAUUUACAUUGUUGCAAAUGAAGAAGGACAGCAAUUUGCAUUAAAGCUUCAUAGACUAGGAAGAACCUCCUUUCGAAAUCUGAAAAACAAGCGUGAUUACCAUAAACACCGUCAUAAUGUGUCUUGGCUUUAUUUAUCUCGUCUAUCUGCCAUGAAGGAAUUUGCCUAUAUGAAGGCAUUGUAUGAGAGGAAAUUUCCAGUUCCAAAGCCAGUUGAUUACAAUCGCCAUGCAGUGGUCAUGGAGCUUGUAAAUGGUUAUCCACUAUAUCAGAUACACCAUGUUGAAGAUCCUGCAUCAGUAUAUGAUGAAGCUAUGGAACUAAUUGUCAAACUUGCAAAUCAUGGGCUGAUUCAUGGAGACUUCAAUGAAUUUAAUCUCAUUUUGGAUAAAGAUGACCAUAUCACCAUGAUUGAUUUUCCACAAAUGGUUUCAACUUCUCAUCCCAAUGCUGAAUGGUAUUUUGACAGAGAUGUUAAAUGCAUUAGAGAUUUCUUCAUGAAACGUUUCGGCUAUGAAAGUGAGCUUUAUCCAACCUUUAAUGAUAUCAGGAGAGAGGACUCUCUCGAUGUGGAAGUUUCUGCCAGCGGCUACACAAAGGAAAUGCAGGCAGAUGAUGAACUGCUUCAUCCAGCAGGUCCAGAUGAUGGAGAUAUUGAAACAGACGAGGGUUCUGACUUCUCAUUUUCUGAUGAAGAGGUGACAGAAAAAACACAGGUUUGUAGGUCAGAAAAUGAAAGUGAACAGAACUCCAUGGAUAAAUCCAGCGGCUGCUGUGGCAGGUCAUCCAGAGUCCUUGAGCAACUACAGGAAGACAGUUUAUCCAAGGAGAGUGCUGGAGCACACGGUUUUGAGAUGACUGAAUUCAGUCGAGCUUUAGGAGAAAUAAAAGGGCAGGUUGUCAAAAACAAUUCUGUAACUGAAUUUUCUGAGGAGAAAAGCAGAACUGAAAAUCACACCAGGCAAAAUGGUCAGACAGGUCAAGAAGGAAUCCCUGCUGACUUUGACGACUAUGAAGAUGAAUGCCCUCAUCUGAUUGCCUUGUCAUCAUUAAACAAAGAAUUCAGGCCUUUCAGAGAUGAAGAAAAUAUGGGAGAUAUCAAGCAAUAUAGAACAAGAACUCUGAGUAUCACUUCUUCAGGCAGUGUCGUAAGCUGUUCAACAAUUCCUCCAGAACUGGUGAAACAGAAGGUGAAACUUCAGUUGACCAAACAGCAAAAAUCAGCUAUCAGACGCCGAUUGCAGAAAGGAGAAGCAAAUAUAUUUACCAAGCAACGGAGGGAAAACAUGCAAAAUAUCAAGUCAAGUUUGGAAGCAGCUAGCUUUUGGGGAGAAUAAUAUAUUUAAGAUCUUGGAUAUUUGUAACAUAUAUAUUUUUAAAUCACUGUAACUCCUUUUUAAGCAACCUUUAGUCUUUUCAGGAUAUAAAUAAACCUUUUCAUCUGUAAA